UUGGUCCAUUAGCUUUAGGUAAUGUUCAUAUCAGCCAUAAAAAUAGGGUAAAAUUUGAUCUCAGUAAUCUUCAGAAGGUGGCUUAUUUGUUAAUGCCAGAUAGACUGGUUUUGUCAGACCCCUGCUGUUGUCAUAAGUUUCCCCCUUUUCAAAGACAUGAACUUUUUUUUUUUUUACUAGCUACUGCAGACGAUGGAGGUUAAACAAUAGUUUCAUAUGCAGCAUGCAUAUACAACUCAGAGAGACCUAUAGUAUUAUACAAAGAACAAAAAAGUGGAUGUUAGCAGAAGGAGACCUUUAAAUAAAGGUUAUACUUUAUUUUGUAUUUGAUUGUGAGAAAAAAGAAUUUGAUCCUCAAGCAAAAUAUGACUUAGUACUCUUGUUGGUAAGCAGUUGAUCACCAGACUUGUGCACAUCACAAGGGGGAUUUUGGCCAAAAUCUUAAAGUUUCAAGGUGUUCCUUGGCAGCUCGAAGUUGAAGCUCCCUCCACAGAUUGUUUCAUUGAAUUAAGAGGUAGCGAUUGACUAUGAUGCUCCAACAUCUUAAUGUGCUUUUAAUUAAGCCAUCAUCAGGUUGAGGUUCUAGAUUCUACGGUACAUGGCCCGGUUCAUCCGUCUCUCAGCAAUGCAAAAUCCUUUGCACAUUUGCAGAGAAAAAGUCUCAAAUCAGGACUUCUAUGUUUAUCCGAGAGGGUGGUGUUCUUGAGGUCAUAUGCAGCAUUUCUCUGCCUCCAAACAUGGAGAGAUGUGUUGAUGUCAAGAAGCUCAAAUUUGGUCACAUCUGACAUCAAUUCUCCCAAGCCUAAAUUAAUCAUUCAGGUGUUUAUUUACAAAUCCAGUUAUCAUGCCAACAGUGGUAUCACUUUUUCACCAAGCUACUGAUGUUCUUGUUGCCCAUUCCAGCUUUGUGCAGAUCUAAAGUUCUGCUCCUGACGUCCUUUGACAGAUUGAUUCUGUGAUGGGUGUCUUUUAUACAUAUAAGGAGAUGAGGUUAAGAGUAUUUUCCUAAAGGGACCACUUCCUAUUGGCGAUACGAUCAGUUGCAGUUGCAGACGCAAUCAGAGCAACCAGCACCCACUUCUAUGACUGACAGACCCUUCUAAAACUGCAAAAUAAGCAAACAACUAGUGCUCAGAGGAUGUGCAGAACAGCUUGCAGAUGUUCUCUAAGACAUUUUCAACAUUUCUCUGAGCACUGCUGUCAAGCCAACAUGCGUCAAGUCCACCAACAUUGUUUGUGUGCCAAAAGAGUUCCCAGUGUUUAAAGUUUAAUGACUACUGUCCCAUUGCACCCACUCCCAUCAUAACAAAAGUGCUUUACGAGGCUACUCAUAAGGCAUAUCAAAAACCAGCUCCCCUCCUCACUGAACGCACUGCAGUUUGUGUAUCAUCCAAACCGAUCAACAGACAAUGUCAUCUUUAUCACACUCCACCUGGCUCUCACCCACCUGGACAACAAAGACUGCUAUGUUCAAUUGCUGUUCAUCGACAGUUCAGCAUUCAACACCAUCAUUCCUCCGCAUCUGAUUGGAAAACUGAGCUUGCUGGGCCUGAACUCCUUCCUCUGUAACUGGGUCCUGGAUUUCCUGUCAGUCAGUCACAGUCAGUCAAGAUUGAAAACACCACCUCCAGCACCACCAUACCGGUACCGGUGCCCCCAGGGCUGUGUGCUCAGUUUCCUGCUGUGCUUAAAAUCAGUGGCUCUGCAGUGGAAAUUGUGAAGAACACCAAGUUCUUCAGUGUUCACAUUGCAGAGAACCUCACCUGGUCACCUAUGUAAUUAAUAGAAAUGUGGUAUACUCUCUCAGGGCAGACACUAUACUUUGACACCAACUGUGGUGAGAGCUACCUGUAGGUCCUGUAAUGAAGUUUUAGGAUUGAUGAAGCCUUUUAACGCAUCCUGUGGUCUGCUCUUGGGCUGAGCUAGGACAGCCUGACCUGGUUAUGAUGGAUGUUGUAUUAAAUGUUCUAAAUGAUGUUCCUGAAAGUGGAAUUUUCUAUUUUUGUGUCUCUUUGUGGACUUCUGGUGCUUUCGAUGAUUGCAAUAUUAGGUUUUUAUAAGUGGUAAAAAAUGUUGGGAAAAGUAAAAAAAAAGAAAAAAAAGAAAAUACAAAAAAAUAUAUGUUGCUUAUUAUUUUUUACACUGACAAAUACUCUGCGUCUGAAUCCGUCCCACCUGCGAGAAUUAGAUCUGAGCUACAAUCCAGUAGAAGGACCUGGCUUUGACCAGCUCAACUCUCUUGUAGAAGAUCCAGCAAUCAGACUGGAGAAAAUAGUUGUAGAAGACUUUGGAGAGCAUCGCAGCACUGAAGAGCUUCUGGAAAAUCAGUGCUCUCUGACUCUGGAUCCCAACACAGCCUCUGUAGAACUGAAGGUGUCUGAGGGUGACAAAGAAGCAUGGCAUUAUUACCCGCCAUUUUUCCUCUCAGAAUACCCACAGCCUCUCCCAGAACAUCCAGAGAGGUUUAAAUGGUAUUCCCAAGUGAUGUGCAGAGAAGGGCUCUCUGGUCGCCACUUCUGUCAAGUAGAGUGGUUUGGAAGGUUUGCCACUAUCGGGGUGGCCUACAAAGACAUGAGCAGGAAAGGGCCUGCCGAUGCCUGUACCCCAGGAGAAAACAAGAAGUCAUGGGCUAUUACAUUAAGCACACCCUUUCCCUUGUCGCUGGCAGUGCAUGAUGGGGUAGAAACUCAACUUCCUGAUCAUUUACCCUGGAGAGUUGGGGUGUAUCUCGAUUGGGCUGCAGGUAUUCUGUCCUUCUAUAAUGUCACACAUGACAAGGCUGAACUCAUUCACACGUUUUAUGCCAAAUUCACCGGACCACUCUAUUUGGUUUUCAUUGUUUCUGCUGGAAUACGUCUGCUGCCACCAAACCCUGGCCCUGUCUGCUGCCAUGACUUGUUUUAAGGAUUGUAAAAGCUGCAAUGGAUCAAAAGCAGUGCAAAAUACCACUAACAAUGAUCACAUGCUUCUUAUAGACACGCACAAUGCCCUGAUUACCUUUUCUCUUGUUGCUCACAAUGUUUUAUUCUGAAGAUACCAUUUAAAAUAUUAAAAAAUUGUACACUUUGACAUUAUUAUGUUAGAGAUUACUGAGGAGUGGAAAGAGUGACUCAUUCCUACACAAAAUGUCAAUACUAUUAUCCACAUUUCCCACUUUGCUUUAAAUGAUGUACGGGCGGCACAGUGUGUGUAUAUAUAUAUAUAUAUAUAGUGGUGUGAAAAAGUGUUUGAUUUCUUAUAUUUUUGCUGAUGUUUUAGAUUAUCAAACAAAUUAAAAUAUUAGUCAAAGACAACACAAGUAAACACAAAAUGCUGUUUUUAAAUUAAGUUGUUUUUAUUAUUGAGGGAGAAAGAAAUCCAAACCUACAUGGCCCUGUGUAAAAAGUCCCAAUCACAUUUCACAAAGUUAGAUUUUUAAUAAAAACAAGAAAAUGUAUUUAUUUUCUGUUUAAUCAAUCAUAUAUUAAUAACCCAGAUGUCUACUUGUGAGUCUGCUUGGCUAAAAGUUCGGGCAUAAUAUUUUGAGCCACUAUUAACAUCCCGCUGAUUUCAACGGAGCCAGGUGAGGCCAAUCGUGUCACUUCCUGAUCGGCUUCUCGUGGGGCGUUAACCGGGAAAGUGAGAGAUUGCGCAGGCGCCAGCAUGACGCGAAUCUUCCGCGUGCCGUGCAAACAACCGUACUGUUUAUAGGAGCUGCAAAGAACUAUUCACUCCAAAAAGAAUACAGUGAGAAAAGCUCCAUUCUGUCCCAGAAUGGGUUUUUUAUUAAAUAAACAGCAGAUAUAGACUAUAAUUACUGAUAGCCAAUAUUAGUCCACGAAUUUACUUAAGAAUAUUCAUAGUUUAUCUAUAUAACAAGCAUUUUGAAACUCUGUAAUGAUAAUAACAAAUGUGUAAUAUUAACUAUAGUUCUAUCUAUACAUUAUAAUUCUCAUGGCCUAUCUUACUUCUAUUUACUACUAUCUUACUAUCUACAAUGUACUAUCAAUGUUAGUAGUAGUAUUAUAUUUGCAUAAUAAGAGGUUACUUUGACCCUGUUCAAUGGCAAUCGGCUCUGUACUUUUGAAUUAUAAGGAGCAACUUCUUCAAACAUUACAGCACAGUAUUUUGGGUUGCGUUUUUUUCACGUCAUCGUUAGCAUAGUUGUAUAAAAACUUUAUUUUCUAAAGCUAUGAACAGAUUAUUAAUCUUAUGGAUCAAAUGACAGAAACCGCGUUCUUUGUAGAAAAGAACACGGGCCGUGUCAUAAUCGAAAAACGUCUUGGAAAUACAUUUAUUAUUGGUUUAAAGACACCUAGAAAUGAAUGGAAGUGAAUGGAUAGCUUUGCUCAAAUGGUCCUCUCAUCCCUCAGCAGCACACUUCCGGUGGCAUGUUUUGGAAGGGAAAAGUUGGGGGCCUGGGAAGAACAUCUCAGAAGAAUACUGACAGUUACAGGGUGAAUUAUCGCUUUUUAUGUUUAAAAAAAAAAAUCAAGUAUAUCUAGCACUCCUGCAUCAGUUCCAUUUUGCAUAUUAUAAGCUGUGACACAUUUUACACAAAAAUGCCCAAAUUAAAUUACUUUUCAAUCAAUAUUACCUUUAAAACUACUUGUCAUAUUGUAGUAAGCAUGGUUUUAUUAUGCUAGCAUAAAGCCACAUUGCUUAAUGUCAUGCUAAGUACAUGAAACGUCACAGGUGUGACAGGGUUUUCUUGUCUCACCAUGUGAAAAUUUUGUCACCCUAUACUGCAUUUAAAUAUGUAAAUAAUGCUAUUUAUAGAACAGUUAGUUCCGACCUCACAAUCUGAUUGGUUGAGAAGUUUUCUAGCAGUGCUGAUAUUAAGAUAACAUCACCGCCUUCUCACACUAAACUAGUAUCACUCCGCCGACGCGUUGCCGAGUAAUGGCGUAUAUACACAGGACAGUUUUAAAUUAUCACCUCCAGCGGCACCAGCAGCAGCGCUAGCUUAGCACAGGCUAGUGCUCAACCUCGGCUAAUGCUGUCUGACAGCCAGAACGGUAACUUGACGAGCCAGGCUAGGCUAAGCUGAGCUAAAGCAAGCUACGCUAACCUAACCACAGUCCAGCCGGCUAGCUAACCAACAACACCCAGCAAAACAAGCAGAAAUGCUCAAAAACGCGCAGCUUUUACCAGAAGAAGACUCCUUUGAGCAGGAGUGGAGAGUAUUAGCGUUAUUUCACGCUCCUAAUGUUACCAUUUUCGCCUAUUCCUAAUUUUGCUUUCAAGCUAACUUUCGUGGUGUUAGUCUGUAUAAACCAAUUACACCGUAAAGUUAAGUUUCAGUUCUGUUACAGUUGUUGUGGAACUACUUUUUGGCGG